GAUAAUUGAUAACGUCAUUCAUUAUCAGAUAACUCAGGUUCAUCAAAAGUUUUCUAAAGGAUGGUGAAGUGUAACAUUUCAAAUUAUGAGAAACAAUUACUCGUGUUUUGAAUAAUUAUUUGAUGUGUUCUUUCAGUGGCAAAUCUCUUUUUAUAUUCCGAGCUUUAAUUCUUUAGCCAACAUGCCGGAAAUUCAUUGUUAGAAUGAUCUUCGUUCUUGUUUCCUUGAACUGAUAUAUUUACCUGAAGCACAAUAAUAGUGAGUAUAUAACAAUCGACCGAAGUAUUGCAUCAGAUCAGACAGAAUGGAGGCUUUGAUUCCGGUCAUUAAUAAACUUCAAGACGUGUUCAAUACCGUCGGUUCCGAUGCCAUACAGUUACCUCAGAUCGUCGUAGUUGGUUCCCAAAGUUCUGGUAAAAGUUCUGUAAUUGAAAGCUUAGUGGGCAGAUCGUUCCUACCCAGAGGUACAGGUAUCGUAACCAGAAGACCGUUAGUUCUGCAGCUGGUAUAUUGUACUAAAGAAGAUCGCGAAAAACGAUCAUCGGAAAAUGGAAUCAUAACCGCUGAAGAAUGGGGGACUUUUUUACACACGAAGAAUAAAAUUUUCACGAAUUUCGAUGAAAUACGCAAAGAAAUUGAAAACGAAACUGACCGGAUGGCAGGAGAUAAUAAAGGCAUAUCUUCGGAGCCAAUAACGCUCAAAAUAUAUUCUCCCAGGGUCUUGAAUUUAACUUUGGUAGAUUUACCCGGGUUGACAAAGGUUCCUGUCGGUGACCAGCCGGAAGAUAUCGAAGCACAAAUCAAAUCGCUAAUUUUAAAGUAUAUAAGUAAUCCGAAUUCCAUUAUUUUAGCCGUUACUACUGCCAAUACCGAUAUGGCCACUAGUGAAAGCUUGAAGUUUGCCAAAGACGUAGAUGCUGAUGGUAGAAGAACGUUAGCGGUUAUCACCAAGUUGGAUUUGAUGGAUGCCGGUACAGAUGCCGUGGAAAUUUUAUGUGGCAGAGUGAUUCCAGUUAAACUUGGUAUCAUCGGAGUGGUUAACAGAUCUCAACAAGAUAUCAUGAAUAAUAAAUCAAUAGAGGAUUCUUUGAAGGAUGAAGCUGCUUAUCUGCAGCGUAAAUAUCCCACCUUGGCUAAUCGUAAUGGAACACUUUAUUUAGCCAAAACAUUAAAUAGACUGUUAAUGAGACAUAUUCGAGAUUGUUUGCCGGAUUUAAAAACCAGAGUUAACGUAAUGGUUUCUCAAUUUCAAACAUUACUCAAUUCUUACGGCGAUGACGUAACGGAUAAAAGUCAAACUCUGCUGCAAAUCAUCACGAAAUUUGCAUCGGCCUAUUGUUCCACUAUAGAAGGUACGGCUAAAAAUAUAGAAACGACCGAGUUAUGCGGAGGUGCUAGAAUUUGUUAUAUUUUUCAUGAGACUUUCGGCAAAGCGUUGAAUUCUAUUCAUCCUUUGACCGGUAUAUCUAAAAUGGAUAUUUUAACCGCCAUCAGAAACGCUACCGGUCCUCGUCCGGCUCUUUUUGUACCGGAAGUAUCAUUCGAGCUUUUGGUAAAAAGACAGAUUCGUAGAUUGGAAGAACCUUCGCUUCGGUGCGUUGAAUUGGUGCACGAGGAAAUGCAACGUAUGAUUCAACAUUGCGGCGUCGAAUCGCAACAAGAAAUGUUACGAUUUCCCAAAUUGCACGAGAAAAUUAUCGACGUCGUAACGCAACUACUUCGCCGCAGAUUGCCAGCUACAAAUGCUAUGGUUGAAAAUAUAGUCGCUAUCGAGUUGGCGUAUAUCAACACUAAACAUCCUGAUUUUCACAAAGAAGCUGCUAUCGUUGCUUCUCUGGAAAAUCCUAUUGAAAAUCAUGUCUCCGAAAAUAAUCGUAAAUUAUCCGAAAGGGAACAGCGAGAUUGCGAUGUUAUCGAACGUUUAAUCAAAUCAUAUUUCUAUAUCGUUCGAAAAUCCAUACAAGACAGUAUACCCAAAGCGGUAAUGCAUUUUUUGGUCAACUUCAUCAAAGAUAAUUUACAAUCGGAGCUGGUAACUCAUCUGUAUAAAUCUGAACGAGCCGACGAACUACUUAAUGAAUCCGAGCAUGUUGCUCAACGUCGUAAAGAAGCUGCAGAUAUGUUGAAAGCUUUACAGAAAGCUAAUGUGAUUAUUAGUGAAAUCAGAGAAACGCAUAUGUGGUAAUUUUUAUUGGUAGUUUAUCUAGCUAGGAAAAGUAUUCUUGUAGUUUUUAUCUGGAUGACUUGUGAUUAUUAUAUUAUUAUUAUUAUUAUUAGAAGUUUUCAACAGACGAUAGAUAUUUCACGAGCUUAAUGGGAAGCGUUUGUUUAUUUGUGUAAUUAUUGAUACCUAGUUUAUUUACUGUUUUCAAAAAAUAUUCGUAUACUUAGUAUUUCUUCGAAGAAAGAUAUUUAUCAAAGGUGCUGCUUUGUCUUCGUUAUCAUUACAAAGAUUCAUUAUUAUGUACAUAUUUUGUUUUGUCGUACUGUUCGUGUGAUGAAAUAUCGAUAGUUUUCUUUUAUUCUGUUUUUACAUUAUACUUCACGAAAAAUUUUUGUUAUCGUGGUUUUUAGAAUAUUCUAUUGAAUACCUAACUAUGUGAUUUUCUUUUGAUUCGCAGUAAACAUUUUCUUUCAAAUAAUU